AUGGCCUUCAAUAUCGAUCGCUCGGCUUCUGCGACAGUCCCUUCUUCGACGGCUCAUCCCCCGCUCUACUCCUUCCAGGUCGCCUCCGUCCUCACCGUUCUCCAGCGCAGGGAACUCACAUGGCUCUACACAACCGCCGCCAUCAUUGCGUCCCUGCUGGUUCUUGAACAGGCCGUCUACCGCUACAAGAAGCGUCACCUCCCUGGCGACAGCUGGACUAUUCCUCUCAUCGGGAAGUUCGCAGACUCUGUAUCGCCCUCCAUGGAGGGUUAUAAGAAGCAGUGGGACUCGGGUGCACUCAGCGCGAUCAGCGUAUUCAAUAUUUUCAUCGUCAUGGCCUCCUCGAAUGAAUAUUCCCGCAAAAUUCUCAACUCCCCCACUUUUGCGGAACCGUGCCUCGUUCAUUCUGCCAAACAGAUUCUACGGCCUGACAAUUGGGUUUUCCUCACUGGCAAGACACACGUAGACUAUCGGCGAGGUCUAAAUGCUCUGUUCACUCGCAAGGCGCUUGGCAUCUAUGUCGGCAUCCAAGAGCAAAUUGCGCGUAAGCAUCUGUCACAAUGGCUCGCCCACACCAAGGAAAAUCCAGGCCCAAUGGCUAUCAUGAUGCCUGCUCGCUACUGCAACAUGGACACCUCCCUGCGCGUUUUCUGCGGCAACCACAUUCCUGAACAUGCUGCCAAGGAAAUCAAUGAUAAGUACUGGGCAAUUACGCAAUCCCUGGAACUGGUCAACUUCCCGCUUGCGCUCCCGGGCACCAAGGUGUACAAGGCUGUCCAAGCACGCAAGGUCGCCCUCCGCUGGCUUGAACUCGCUGCUCACAACUCAAAAAUCGCAAUGGCUAAUGGCGGUGAGCCUGAGUGUAUGUUGGACCAGUGGGUUCAAUCGCUUGCCGACCCCGCCUACAAGGGUCGCAAAGAGUUUAGCGAUCUCGAAAUGGCUAUGGUUCUCUUCUCUUUCCUGUUCGCCUCUCAGGAUGCUAUGAGCAGCGGCUUGAUUUACGGCUUCCAGCAUCUUGCCGAUCACCCCGAUGUUUUGGCGAAGGUCAGGGAGGAGCAAGAACGCGUCCGCCAAGGCGACUAUCGCAAGCCUCUGACCAUCGAGAUGAUGGACGAGAUGGUUUACCUCCAAGCUGUCGUCAAAGAGAGUCUGCGCGUCACGCCUCCCGUCACAAUGGUCCCAUAUAAAGCCACCCGCGCAUUCCCUAUUUCGGACGAGUACACAGUCCCGGCGAACAGCAUGGUCAUUCCCUCUUUCUACAACUCGCUCCAUGAUCCCGAGGUCUACCCGAAGCCCGACGAGUUCAAGCCCGAACGUUGGCUGGAUGCUAACGGCUCAGCGAACACCAGUCCGAAGAACUACCUCGUGUACGGCAGUGGCCCACAUCGAUGCAUUGGUCUGGAAUACGCCAACAUGAACAUCGCGCUCACUUUGGCCACUGCCGCCGUAAUGAUGAACUUUCAGCAUGAGGUCACCCCCCUGAGCGAUAAAAUCGACAUAAUUGCCACCCUUUUCCCUAAGGACGGAUGCCGUCUCAAUCUCAGCCCUCGCAACAACGCCUGA